GGGUAUAAACAUGUUGUACAGCUUACUGAUGAUUUCAAAAUUGUAGGAAUAAAUGGCUCUCGUAUCCUCAAACAGUUUUUUCAUGUAUUCACUUCUCACCUUAAAGCUUAAAGAACAUAGACCUAUGAUUUUGAAGCUAUUCGUGGAUGGGCUUAAAAAAGGUCCCAUUCAGUUUUCUGGGACAAGCAGUCAAAUUUCUUGUGACUUAUAAACCUUGUUUGCCCAAUGGGCGAGGGUCCAGGAAAGUCAUCCUCUAACGAAAUGAUUAACUAAGACAAGCAAGAAUUGGCUCCAGAAUGGUAAAAUGUGAGAGCUGCUUGCCAAAAGGACAAGCUGAAAUUCAGGCCUAAUGAUUCAUAUAUUCAUCCUUCUACCACCUACCAGCCUGUCCAUUUGUACAUGCAUUUGAAUUGGUUUGAUAAUCUAAUAAAUAAAGUAAUGAUAAUAAAAAUAGUAAAAAUAUUUAUAAUAACAAUAUUAGUAAUGAUAGUGAUAGUGAUAGUAAUGAUUAUUAAUUAGAAUAAUAAUGAUAAUAAUAAUAAUAAUAAUAAAUAUUUAUUACAGUCAAACCUCCAUUAAACGGCUACCCUCGGGGUAUGGGCAAGUGACUACCUGAUGCAGGUUGGCCACUCUAUAGAGGUUUGUCUGAAAUCAGCAGAAAAAUCACUUUAUUUUAAAACAAAUGCAUGACGGGAGGAGUAUUACUGGCCGCAGUUGUUCCAAAGGCUGGUAACGCUAUCCACUGGAUAAAUCUCUAUCCAGUAGAUAACGCAAUUGGUUUCCCUGAUACUUGUCCACUAGAUAAUGAUUUAUCUGGUGAAUAGCGCUAAACAAUGUUUGAACAACCGGGGCCUGGUCCACAAUGGGUCAUCAACUUCAAUUUUGGACUGUAUUUUCCUUCAUCAUAUUCUUGAAAUGAAGCCAAACUCAGUGUAUCAAGCGCUUAAUUAAUAGCCACUUAAUAGAGGUGAAAAUAAUGGGAAAACUCUCAUCGGGAUGGCUAAAAGGUGGCUGUGUCCACUCCACUUAACAGAGGUUGCCGCAUGAUAGAGGUUUAAUUUCCCAUUCUUUUGUACAAAUUAUUUCAGGACUUAUUUGAAUACUGACCGCUUAAUGGAGGUUCAACUGUAUUUAACUAUUUACUCCCAUAGGGAUAAGGCUAAAUUUAUUAUUAUUAUCAUUCAAAGCAAAUUUUUCUUUCUUUUCAUUGGCCGAGAGCCCACCAGGCGACCUGCAAAUAACUGCCUACAAAUAAUGGUCUGCUCGAUCAUGUGCAAUGCCGUCCAACAGUGUUUGGCUGCAGAUAAAAGGAAACCGUGCUUUUCUCCUUCUUGCGAUCGCUCUUGUGUGAAAAUGGCAGAUCGCUUCGCUUCCCAAGGAUAUUCAUUAAAAAAGCAAACUUGGUGAUCAAAUGAUGAAACAAUUAUUGAACUCGGUUAUCGCAAAAUAUCGUGAUUUGUCAGUGUCUCUGCUCACCAUGGACAAAUCACGACAUUUUUCUCAACCUCGUCCAAUAAUUGUUAAUUAUUAUUAUUAUUAUUAUUACUAUUAUUAUGUAUUAUUAUUAUUAUUGUAAUACAUGUGCCUCUUUUGCACUGCUAACUUGUUUACACUUACAGAGCUCUUACUAGUGGUGGGAAUCGGUUGAGAUUUCACAAUCGAUCAUCGGAAAUAAUCGGAUUGCUCCAAUCAAUCGAUCGUCGAUUAUAAUCGGAAAAAUGUACCAGUAAGCAUUCCAAGAUUACAUUGCAGCAGUUCAAGUGAGACUGACACGAAAUCAACAAAACACACGUGCCACAAACCUUUGUUGGCGUAUUUCGUUCUGCAGAGCCUACAGAUUACCUUCGUCAUAUCCAAGUUUUCCUUUGUUUUGGGCCCUUCCUUCAGUUGAUAAAAACCAAAAUAUUCCCGCACGUUUGACCUGGCGUUUCCAGGAUAACGACAGAUCUCCAACUCGGCCAUUUCAGCCGCCAUGUUAGACUCGUCAGCAACAUGUAAGGGAGGCAGGUCUGAGAGAGGACCCUGGAAAUCGCUGCGAUGUUGUUUCUUAAUACCUUUCAUUCGCUAGUGAUAGUAGUGAUACUACAAACGCGAAACAGUAAGCUNAAAACACACGUGCCACAAACCUUUGUUGGCGUAUUUCGUUCUGCAGAGCCUACAGAUUACCUUCGUCAUAUCCAAGUUUUCCUUUGUUUUGGGCCCUUCCUUCAGUUGAUAAAAACCAAAAUAUUCCCGCACGUUUGACCUGGCGUUUCCAGGAUAACGACAGAUCUCCAACUCGGCCAUUUCAGCCGCCAUGUUAGACUCGUCAGCAACAUGUUAGGGAGGCAGGUCUGAGAGAGGACCCUGGAAAUCGCUGCGAUGUUGUUUCUUAAUACCUUUCAUUCCCUAGUGAUAGUAGUGAUACUACAAACGCAAAACAGUAAGCUUGUAAUUUAUGUUUUGGUUCAGUUGUUUACGAAAUGCAAAGCAGCUUAGCAUGCCACAUCUUUCAAAUAAGUGUGGCGUAUUUGAAGUGACAACAACACAGCGCGCAGGGCACGCAAAGGUAAACACCUUCAAUCUUAGAUUAUAUCUGCUGUUAUGACUUAGAAGUUAGAAGUCCACGAAAAAGACAACUCACAUAAACAUACAUUUUUAUUGAUUUUAAUACUUUUAUUUGUCACCAAUAAAUUUUUAAUUUUUCCGCGACAAUCGAUUAUAAAAAAAGAAUAAUCGAUUGUCGCGUCGCUUGAACUUUUCAAUCAACUUUCGAUUAUAAUCGAUCAUCGGCCCACCACUAGCUCUUACCAUGUUCUGUUUUAUAGGUAUUGUGUAUAGUUUUACUACGUGUGAUCAAAAUAAUGAUAAUACCUUGACAUUUGUGUUACAGAUAUAUGUAUGGUUUUUGAAGUGUUAGGUCAUAACUUGUUAAAAUUAAUAAUAAAGUCCAAUUAUAGAGGAAUACCUGUGAUGCAAGUCAAGAGUAUUAUAAAACAGGUAUGUAGUAACUUUAUUGUUUUGCAAACUGAUUUAGGUUCAAGUGCACAUGUAGAGGCUCAACCUCCAGCUCCUGCUUAAAUGUGGCUAUUAAUUACAUAGAUAAAUUUAGUACUAACAGUUAAGCUUCACUAAUCAAAUACGUGGUCUGGUGUGACCUCACUCAUCGCACUUCCAUGUGAUACCAUUUGUUUUUUUAAUAUUUUACAAACGAAUUUUGGAAUAUUUCUCAAAUUUUGACAUUAGCUUCUGAGAGUGGAAGGUUUAAAAAGGAAUUUUAAGGGUCCCUGUGUAAGAAUAUUAGCACCACUUGGCCCAGGGUGAAAUAAUACAGUAGAACCUCAAUACAGUAAACACCUGCAUAUAAGAACACACAAUUUCGGAGGUCAGGCUGAUUGAGUUCUUAUCAAAAUUUCUUAAAAUGUUCUUAAAUUUUUAUUUAGUAAUACUAUCCAAAACAUGUUUAGCAUAUUAAUUUUUAGGAAAAUAAAAUAAAUAAUUAUUCUGUAAUUUGAUUAUAUUAACAAAUGAAGUUAUCUGACAGCAAACAUAAACUUACAUGUUUUGUAAUUAUGACACUUUUUCCAUUUUAUAAGAACAUGUUACAAUUUUCAGGCUGAUCUUGUUCUUAUAAAAAUGGGGCUUUAUUGGCCAAAUUUCAGCCUGCUGUUCUUAAUACAUUAAUUUUUUGUUCUUAUAUGGGGGUGUUUACUGUAUAACAAACCUCUGUUUAAUGAAGUUCUUGGUACAGUAAGCUAUUUUGUUUAUCCCAGAAAUAGUAAAAUAUCAUGGAAAAUAACCUCGAUAUACCCAAACCUUGUUAAUGUGAAACUGUUACACUCCACAAAGAUUAUGGGUUUCCCCAGUUGUUUGUGUCAUAUUCAUAGAAAAAAGUCAAGGGUAGUAAUAGGUUCCUAAUUAAUACUUAUCUUUAUGCAGACAUUACAGGGACUUGACUACUUGCACACCAAGUGUAAAAUAAUACACACUGAUAUUAAACCUGAGAAUAUCUUACUGUGUGUGAGUGAAAAGCAUAUUCAGCAACUCGCUGCUGAGGCAGCAACAGCAAGAGCAUCAGGAGUGUACUCACCAGCUUUAAGUAAGUUCAAAAUAAUAAUCAAGUCCCAUUGCUAAUAACAAUCAAGAAUUUUUUAAAAUUACUGGUAGGUAGCUUAGUAUCAGGGUUGUUCUAAAAUAGUUCAAUAUGAAGUUUGAUGUUUCCUGUAAAAUGUGAAAAAAAAAUGUUAUUGUUUUGAUUACCCAUGAAAAUCUUAGGUGGUCUCAAGUUGUUUAAGACAUGUUAUCUCAAAACACGUUUUCACUCUUGUUCCCUGAGUGGUAACAAUGGUCUUGUUUCCAGCUCUGGAAUAUUAUAAUUUACUGCGUAAUUGGAUCUUACCAGAAACUCAUAAGGGGCUGAAACACGUAACUGUCAUAUGUUUGCUUUGUCCAAUGUUCGUGAAUAUUCUUUUUGACAAUUACCAUUUUUGGUGCUAGAAGAAAGGAUAACUGACCUAUCAAAGGUAGUAAAUGAUGAGACGUAAUUUUACUCCAUGUUCUUGUCCCUGCUGAAAAAAUAGGGAGCUUAUGUAAACACCAUUUAAAAGUGGCACUGCUUCAAACUUAUCCCAUCUCAUUCAGAUAGUCAAAUGUUAGCAAAUUUUUCUGGAGUUCAGGAAUUCUAAUGAUUGUUUUGGAGUUCAGGAAAAGAAAAAGAAAGUCAUUGUCUUGUGUUUACGUCCUCCACAAAACAUGAAAUAGGCACUUUCAUGCUGUAGUCGUGCAUUGAUGGCAAAGAAAUGUAGAAAAAAGGGUGAUGCAUGUGCAAAGUUAAACCUAUUCCUUUCUUGAGGCCAUAGUGAGAGUUUCCAAAUAUGGUACUCAGAAAAAUGAAUAUUCAUGAGCAUUGAACGUGAACGACAGGUUUUAACCCCUUUCUGAUCUUACCUCUUUUUUCCUUUUAGUAAGCUCAGCUCCACCAUCAGUAAUGCAGGUUUGUGAGCUACUUAGAUACAACCACCUCAAUUUGCAAUGUUCUUCAUAUCACACUCAGCCUCAUUUUUUGUUAUUAUAAUUAACUUGAUUGGCCUAGACACUAUUUUUUGCAAAUUGAUGUAUUUAUUCUUUAAUCAUUAUGUUUAAAUCUGUAACUUUUUAAGCAGCCUGUCACAGUAGCCGUGAAGAAAAAUUACAGAACAAAACAAGCACGCUGGUUGAAUGAGCUUAAUUCACCAAAUACAAAUAUGUAUCAUGUCCAAUAAUCAUUGAAUAACAAAAAUUUUGAUAAUAAUUAAUAAUAAUAAUAAUAAUAAUAAUGGUAGUAAUAAUGGUAAUAAUAUGCGUCAGAGGUUCUAGAUAUGCAUUCAAAUCACGUGAGGUCUCAGAAGACUUCACUUACCCUGUAGCUGGUCUACAUCUGCACUCAUAAUUUUAGGCCUUGAUUUUUGAUAGUUUUUAUUCUUAGUAAUGCUUGAUUUUCCUUUUCCCACUCUUAAAUUAUUCACAAUUGUAAAUAGUUCUCUAUCGUGGACAUAUAUUUAGUUCUUAAUUAGUAUCUUAGAAUUCUGAAUUGUGAAGGGGUUUUGCCAGAAAUUUGUAUUUAUAUAAUAAUGAAUGUGGACGUUUUAUUUUUAUGAAUAUUUUACCGAAGUUUUGUGUGUAGUUUUUAAAAGAUUUUUAUAAGAUUUUAAUGAAGAAUUUUUUGAAUCUUGGAUAUUAAGAAAAAAAUAAUGGUAAUAAUGAUAAUGAUAAUUUAUAAAAGCAUUUAUUUAUACACGGUAAAUAAGAGGCUCCGCUGAUUUGGUCUUGUAUUAUCUAAACAAUAAUAUCGUACACUCUGACCAUAGAUCUGUUAUUUUUUUUUAAUUUGAAGCAAUGCACAUCAACUAAAAUAUCAAAGAACAAGAAGAAGAAAAUGAAGAAGAAACUCAAAAAACAAAUUGAAAAGCAGCAACAGCAGCAGGAUGAAAUCGAGCAAGGAAUACUGGAAGAAAACGAAGAGGAUUCAGACAAGGAGACAGAAGAUUGUAGCAAUAACGCAGAAAACUGCACCAAAAAUACCACUGAAUGUGAACAAAAAUCAAGUGAACAAGCUCCAAGUGAAGCACUUUCCAACUGUUCACAGGAAAAGACUGUAGAAAAUCACAUUGAUACUGAAUCAGUUGAACUGUCUGAAGAGCUUAGUAGUCAGACUCUACAAGAAAUGGGUGAGACAGCAUCAAAUGAUGCUAUGUCGACAACAGAGGAACAGCUUGAGUCAGGUGGGCUCUUUUGUUUCCUCACAAAUAUAAAUAAAAAAUAAAUUAAUGAAUCAGGGUUGUCAUUAAGAGCCAGGGGCCGGGGAUUUUCCCCAGCUACUAAGGGAGUGGCCCCCGGCUACUUUUAUUGGAAAAUAGAAGAAAAAUAGAACCAAAAGAAAUCCAGAGCCGUUUGAUUCCCCGCCUACUUGUUGUAUUUACCUGGCAAAUUGAAAUCUUAGUGACAACCAUGAGUGAAUGCACGUCCAGAGGUAAAAGGUAAAGGCACACAUGAGCCAAAGGCCCAAUCAUAAUUAUGACAAAACAACCAAAAUGGAUGGAAAUCUAGCAAUUUCAUCCUCCACACUUGACCUUUACAACCCGCUGAAGAAAACCUUUGUUUCCUGUCGCUAGGUUACAGUUUCAAACUCAGGCCUAAUAGCGGUGCGCUUUUGGUUCAACAUCGGUUUAUCAAUUAAUUGAUGCUCACACUCGAAAACCAGUUUGAAGGGAAAAACAGGAUUGACUGGUCCAAAGGUUUCGGCUGUGGCAAUGUCAAAGGCCUGACACUAUUCAAGCUGAGCCUCCUUUGCUCCUCCUCAAUCGAGAAGCCAAAACGGACCAGUUUAGGUUUCUAGGAAACUGCCUACCCACCCCACCCCUAACCCAUGUUUCUCACUGACAAAUGACUCAAAGGCAGAAACAUGGGUUAGGGGUGGGGUGGGUGGUCAGUUUCCCAGACACCUAAACUGAUCUGACAAAAGGACGCUCUACGCACAGGGUGCUACAAAGUAUGGCAAAUGUUGUGUUUGAUUGCAUUUUUUCGGAUCUCGGUAGGCGCUCCGCUCUGUAAUGGAGACGUAGAAGACACGGACAGUAGGAGUGUUGAUAUGGAGUCAAUACCAGAACAGAAAGGUCAAUAACAUUAAAUAUUAUUUGUGACUGACGAACCUUGAUUAUCUAGACACAGUGGGAGUUGGGUAAAUGGUAGGAAAAUCAAGAGUCUGGAUACCUUGCACUAGUGCUUUUAAAGCAAGUCGUUAUGGGUAUACAGUGAAACCUCUAUUCAGGUGACACCCUCGGGACCAAGCCACGUGUCCCCUCAAUGAGGGUUGGCCUCCAACAAACAAAAUAUAUUUUUCUUCCAUUCUGCCUCGGAAUCUGCUGCAGUUUAUUUCAAGCAACUAGUGAAUGUAUAAAAGAUAAUGAUUGACUUAUCUCUGCGAUGUUGUGUGUUGAAUUGCCACAAGUGCGGUACAUCAAUUUAAGUGAUAUAGUUCAUGUUGUAAAAGCUGUCUCAUUGCAACUAGUGGACACUUAAACUUUUGCUUUUUGUGGUCAGUCAUAUUUUGAGUGCUGAGGUGUCCCCUAGAUGGAGGUUAAUUCCGUGUUUCAGGUCCCAUAAAAAGUGUCCCUUUCCCCUGAAUAGAGGUGCCCCUUCAGUAGAGGUAACAGAUACAAAGAUUAUGUCAACAUUUUCUUGGACCAAAUUUUCUGUCCCCCUGAAUGGAGGUGUCUUCACUGUAGCUGAAGGGUCAAGGCAGUCCAUUAAAAAAUUUAAUGUCAAACCAGGAGAAAACAAUUGCUACAUAACAUGUACCGUGGAUGAAUUGAUAAGGAAGAAAACUGUGUACUGGAAGCUGGCAUUUGAGAUAAUUAUUUUAAGUGUUCACAAAUUAGCUGUUCAUGGAUAAAGCUUACCUGAAACCUUUGACUUCAAAAAUGGAUGAAUUUUUUAUUGUAAACACCAAACUCCUCUCUCUUUUUUGACUUUUGUUGCAUAUCCCCCACACUUUUCAGAGACAGCAGAAGAAAACUGUGUAGAAGAAAACCACACUGAAGCUGAUCACAGUGAUGACUCUGUCAGGGUGAAAAUCGCUGAUCUCGGAAAUGCAUGUUGGGUGGUAAGUCAUGUAAACUGGCCAGAAAAACAGCCCCUUCUCUUAUCUUAGACCCUCCUCCCCAUCUCUCCUAGUCUGUUGUAGGCGUUCACAUUGUUGGCACAGCCCAAAAAGAUGUGAGCAGGAUAAACGUAUCACAACGGUCUCUCUACUUUUCAAAUUCGCUACGUUCGAGUUCGCUUCCUUCAUAUUCGUCUCGCUGCCUAUUUGCAAAGUCCAAAACUUGCACUCUCGGAGGGACAAGCUUAAAAGAACGAGAAAUAUACUAAAAGAUUCUUUUUCUAGAACGAUUAAGGGAAUAAUUUUAAUGGUUUACAGAAAGUAAUAUGUAGUGAAUUUGUUGCGAACUAGGACGUAGCGAAUUCGACGAGUAGCGAAACCGGAUAAAUAGCGAGCGAGGGGAUCUUCUUUUCUCUCGUCAAACUCUUUUUUUUUUUUUCUAGUGCUGGCAUCGGGACGCUUUUUCGGGGAGGAGAGGGCUUUUUGUUUGAAAUUAUGGCCUAAGGGGGAGGGCCUUUUUGGUGGGAGGGCGCUUAUUCGAGGAAAUACGGUUUUCUCAAAAAAUGGACACCCCGAAAUGCUUCAUUUUACGUUUUUUCACCAGAAAAGUUAACAUGGUUAUUUUGAUUUAAGGAGGUUUAGCCCACUCCCGAUUGAUAUUGUCGCUAAAAUUCGUGGUUGAAUGACGAAGGCUUUUACGUUUUCGCGCCAAAAUGACGCUAGUUCACGCGCGACCACUGAUAAGUAUUGAGAAAAUCUCAUUCUCGUAAUCUUCCUCGUCUUAGAAUCUAAUGGUUUCUAUUAAUCCUGCUUUAGCAUCACCAUUUUACAGAGGAGAUCCAGACAAGACAAUACCGUAGCCUGGAAGUGUUAAUAGGUGCAGCGUAUGGUCCCGCCGCUGAUAUGUGGAGUACAGCAUGUAUGGUGAGUUAAAUAUGGUCUUCAGCAUAUGACAACAUUCAUAAUGUUUCAAUCUAAUUUCAGUAAUACAUAUAGACCCAGGUUUUGCACGCACCUUGAAAGUCCUUGAAUUUUAAAAUAAAUGUUGAAGGGCUUUAAAGUCCUUGAAAAUUGCAGUUGGUGCUGGAAAGUCCUUGAAUUUUAAUGCUAACUAAGAAGAACUCCAAAGAGAAAGGAGCAAACACAGAAAGACAUUCAGGAUAGAAUUACUCAUGUUGUGGAAGAAGUAAAAAAGACAUAAACUCAAGGCUGUUUUUCGCACUGAAUGGAGUCCUUGAGCAAUGGGAAAUGUGCCCUUGAAAGGCCUUGAAAAGUCCUUCUCAAACUCAUUAAUAUUAAAUUCAUAAAGAAAAUUCAAAGAAAAUUAAUGUUUAAUGAGUGUUUGGAUAUCAGAUGAAAAACUGCUCAUUUUUGCAUCCUUAAUUUCUCCUUCAAAAAUGAUUUUGUUUGAGAAGAAAUAUCAAACAUUCGACACAGUGUUUCAUCACCAGAUGAAAAUACUCCGCUGCGCGUCGUAUUUUCAACUCUCUUCUCGGUGUUUCAUCUGGUGAUGAAACACUGCAUCUCAUGUUUGAUAUAUUACUUGAAUUUUUUUUGUUCAAAAAAGGGUACGAACCCUGUAAACCAGUGUCAUUUAACUUUAAAAAUCCGGUUGAAAAUCUUGGGCAUAAGCAUUUAAAAAUAUAUUAAAUUUGACCUGGUGGGGGAAGUACCUUUUAACAAUAUAUCCAGAUCAGCUGGAAAGAAUUGAGAUUAAAAACUGCAUCGCCUCAAAUCAUAGCCCAUAUUAUUUUUAAGAAGCUUCUGAAAUGGAAUUAGGCAAACUAUUCCAAUCAGAAUUUGCAACUUCGCGAUGAGAAUACCUCAAGAGCUGUGUCACGGACUGAAAUGAAAUGAAAUGAAAUCGGUUUUGUUGCUCGUUAUUUUGUUUUGUCGAAAACACAUGCUCAGACGCNAAAAUCUCAUUCUCGUAAUCUUCCUCGUCUUAGAAUCUAAUGGUUUCUAUUAAUCCUGCUUUAGCAUCACCAUUUUACAGAGGAGAUCCAGACAAGACAAUACCGUAGCCUGGAAGUGUUAAUAGGUGCAGCGUAUGGUCCCGCCGCUGAUAUGUGGAGUACAGCAUGUAUGGUGAGUUAAAUAUGGUCUUCAGCAUAUGACAACAUUCAUAAUGUUUCAAUCUAAUUUCAGUAAUACAUAUAGACCCAGGUUUUGCACGCACCUUGAAAGUCCUUGAAUUUUAAAAUAAAUGUUGAAGGGCUUUAAAGUCCUUGAAAAUUGCAGUUGGUGCUGGAAAGUCCUUGAAUUUUAAUGCUAACUAAGAAGAACUCCAAAGAGAAAGGAGCAAACACAGAAAGACAUUCAGGAUAGAAUUACUCAUGUUGUGGAAGAAGUAAAAAAGACAUAAACUCAAGGCUGUUUUUCGCACUGAAUGGAGUCCUUGAGCAAUGGGAAAUGUGCCCUUGAAAGGCCUUGAAAAGUCCUUCUCAAACUCAUUAAUAUUAAAUUCAUAAAGAAAAUUCAAAGAAAAUUAAUGUUUAAUGAGUGUUUGGAUAUCAGAUGAAAAACUGCUCAUUUUUGCAUCCUUAAUUUCUCCUUCAAAAAUGAUUUUGUUUGAGAAGAAAUAUCAAACAUUCGACACAGUGUUUCAUCACCAGAUGAAAAUACUCCGCUGCGCGUCGUAUUUUCAACUCUCUUCUCGGUGUUUCAUCUGGUGAUGAAACACUGCAUCUCAUGUUUGAUAUAUUACUUGAAUUUUUUUUGUUCAAAAAAGGGUACGAACCCUGUAAACCAGUGUCAUUUAACUUUAAAAAUCCGGUUGAAAAUCUUGGGCAUAAGCAUUUAAAAAUAUAUUAAAUUUGACCUGGUGGGGGAAGUACCUUUUAACAAUAUAUCCAGAUCAGCUGGAAAGAAUUGAGAUUAAAAACUGCAUCGCCUCAAAUCAUAGCCCAUAUUAUUUUUAAGAAGCUUCUGAAAUGGAAUUAGGCAAACUAUUCCAAUCAGAAUUUGCAACUUCGCGAUGAGAAUACCUCAAGAGCUGUGUCACGGACUGAAAUGAAAUGAAAUGAAAUCGGUUUUGUUGCUCGUUAUUUUGUUUUGUCGAAAACACAUGCUCAGACGCGCAUUCGUUGAACAACCUACUGACCCACGUAGUUUUGUAUCGCAGGCUUUUGAAUUAGCGACUGGUGACUUUCUGUUCGAGCCUCAUUCGGGAGAAGACUAUUCAAGGGAUGAAGGUAACUUGUUUUUGUUUUGCAAUAGCCUGUCGGAGUGCCGUUUUCAAUAAUAUUUGUGAUCGUCGUUUUUCCUUGUUAGAUCAUCUUGCUCACGUCAUUGAACUUCUUGGGAAAGUGCCGAGGCAUAUAGCCCUCUCAGGGAAAUAUUCCAGGGAUUUUUUCAACAAGAAAGGUUGGUAGCUAGAGUAGCUAAUUGAAAAGUUGAUCUCAGUACAUUUCCAAUAGAUGAGCGUCCCGGGAGGUGCCUGUAAGGUUUGUGAGUCGAGUGAGAACGGUGUGUAUGCCAAUCCUGUGGUGAUGAGUCAUCCCCUACCCCUCCCCCACCACUUUCAUAGUCAUUGUCAUCGUCGUCACUAUUUAUUGGCCAAUCCUCUGAAAAACUGCCCCUCCCCUCCCCCACGAACGUCAUCGUCAUCGUCAUCAUUAUCAUCAUCAUUAUCAUCACCAUAAUCAUUAUCUUCCUCGUCAUCAUUGCUUUGCCGAUCCUAUGAAAGGCAACCCCUCCUAGGCGCGGAUCCACACCGGUUCCCACCGUUCUACGGAAAUUGGUCAGUUUUUCAUAAUAAACAUAUUUUUGACAAUAAAAAAUGCGUUUCAAGUUGAAAUCUAGAGAAUAAUUGGGACAAAUGUUUCUUUCUUUUAACUCCCGGGCAUCAGACACGCUAUGAGAUUUUCAGCUGGAAAAUCAUUUGUCGCUAUCUAGUCUACUUUACACAGUCAGUUAUGCCCUGACUUUCAAACAGCAGUCACGCCGCCGUCAUCACAUUCAGAACCCAAGGCAAGGGGACUUUGGUAGAUAAAAUCUAAAAACCCGGUUGAGCAUGCCCCCGGACAUCCCUAGAAGCUUGUUCCCGCCUUUGGCGCUCGUUAGAAAAUCGGUCACUAUUUAUCCUAGAUUCGCGCCUGCGUUUCCUCAAUGAAACCAUCGUGUUAAGAACAAUGUGUCAGACAGAAGAAAGGAACAACAAACCUAGCUGAAACUGACUGACUUCCAGAGGAAGUGAGGGUUUUGGGAAAAACAUUUAGACAGGAAGUACGCGAAAACAAAGUGGUCGCAAAACGCUCCGACCUUAAUGAGAGAACUGUAAACCAACACCAGCUCUACAAAUCUUCAGUGGAGAUUCGCGCGGGUUGCCCAGACUCGCAAUUUCAGGCAAUAAGCUUUGCCUUAUUAUUGUUAAGCUACAUUAAACAAAUGCGUAAAUUAGCUUAGUAUUUAUAACUUCUUUCCCAUUACACUGUGGAGUUACUGUAUAUAAUAAUUAACUCUUGUCUGUCACUUUAACUUUUAUAUCUGUGGACGAAAUCCUUGAGUCUUGCCAUUUAAGUGAAACCUUUUUGCCAGAACAUCUGCUAUAGUACUAUUUUUUCUCAGGAUUUUUUAACAAGAAAUUUUUUUUAAAUGUUCUUCGGCCGUUAUUAGGAAUGAAAUUGUUAAAGAAUUCUUUUUUUCUUGUUAAACAGGGGAGUUGAAGCACAUUUCCAAGCUACGACCCUGGUAAGUGCAGUAAUACGGUCAAAUUAAAUCUUUUUUAUCCAUGACGAAACCGGUUUGGAAACUUCGGUUAUGAACUUCAACCGGCUUAGAGACAGUGUCAAGUUCGCUCUUCGCGACAAUGAAGUAAAAACACUUCUAUGUAAGUCGUCUGAUGUGUCUCGUUCUUUCCACAAGUCUUGUCAGUAAUAUGUCAAUCAUUUUUUUUGUCGCUGUAGGGGCUUAUAUGACGUUCUACGCGAGAAGUAUGAAUGGCCUGAGCAGGAUGCUAUGGAAUUUUCAGCAUUCUUGCUUCCUAUGCUGGACUUUAACACAGAAAAGCGAUCCACAGCAGCUCAGUGCCUUGAUCAUCCCUGGCUUAAAGAUGUCGUUUAG